GGAGGCACAGGGAGACUACGAGCCACUCAAUUCCUGGGCCUUGGAAGUGAUGCCCAUAGUGUCCCCCCAAACCCUGCUCCUCUGCCUGCUGGUCCUGGCAGUCAUGGAAGGCCAGGGUCGGGAGGCAGCCAUCCCAGGCUGCCACUUGCACCCCAUCAACGUGACAGUGCGAAGUGACCGCCAAGGCACCUGCCAGGGCUCCCAUGUGGUACAAGCCUGUGUGGGCCACUGUGAGUCCAGUGCCUUCCCCUCCCGGUACUCUGUGCUGGUGGCCAGUGGCUAUCGACACAACAUCACCUCCAUCUCUCAGUGCUGCACCAUCAGCAGCCUGAAGAAGGUGAAGGUGCAGCUGCAGUGUGUGGGGACCCGAAGGGAGGAGCUCGAGAUCUUCACAGCCAAGGCCUGCCAGUGUGACAUGUGUCGCCUCUCACGCUACUAGUUCAUCCUCUUCCCUCCUCUCUCCCCUGGGUUAGAGGGUUUGAAGUUCUGGUAGGAAAGCCUGGUCUGGGAUUCAAACACUGGAGGGAGUUCCAACCCUGCUGGCUACUUGCGAUUGGAUUUUGUAAAUGAGGGGUUUGCUCCAGCUCUUACCCUCUUAAGAUUUUGUGACUGUCACCUCCUGAGAAGAGGGGAAUUUUUGCCUCUUCCCUUUCUCUGCUUGGCCCUUCUAACCAGUCUUUCAUCAUUUUACUUCCUUUUUUGCCCUACCCCUAAAUAAAGCAAGCAGCUCUU